UCAUGUUUCACUCAAUUGUAACUUUAUCCAAAUGUGUUAUAGGUUUGUAGAUUUACUACACUUACCUAGUGUGCAUUUUCAUGGGCUGAAACUAGGGUAUGUCCCUUUAAGAAAUAGCUAUGGGUUGGAGCCAAUAUCAGGCUGCGAACCCUGUACCCAGCAACUUAACCACUGCGCCACCGAGGCCGGUACAGACACGGAACUUAAUUUCUUCUUUUGCAACCUAUAUCAACUGAUGGUUCAAGAUUUUUCUUUUCUUCUUUUUAAUUUUUUUUUUUAUUUAUUUUAUUUUUAUUUUUAUUUUAAUUGCUAUAAUAAUAUUAAUAAUAUUAAUAAUAAUUAUUAUUAUUAUGAUUAUUAUUAUUAUUAUUAUAUUGUUGUAGUUGUUGUUUAUUGAUGUAGAUUGUGAAAUCGUCUUUUGUCAUAAACACAUUAAAAGACCUUACCAGUCGAUAAUCAAAACAAGUAAUACCCAAAAAGCGAAUGUGCAAGAAAAUCGGGAAAAGGGAGAACAAAAAUCUUGUGUAUAGUUUCGGUUUCAUAUUCCUCAAACGGCCAUUUUGCAUUAAAAGUUUAAACAUAAAAUGUACAUAAUACAGUUGAAACAUUUAUCAUGUGGCAGGCUACAUAACAUGACCUAAUGUGCAGAAAUCUUCAGUGAACUAAGAAAACGUAAAAAUAUACGGUAACAGAAAGGGGAUUUCCAAGAUGGAUGAACGUGUGACACGUGGUGAAGAUGAUACAGAUAAAAAGCCGAAGACUGUUGAAGUUCGAGGUUUCAAACAAGACUUGAGUGAUGACACACUUCAGUUGUAUUUUGAAAACCCUAGAAGGGGUGGGGGAGAAAUUCUUCAAUUCCAACGACAUCAUGGUUCUGCUCACAUAACGUUUGCUGAUUUCAAAGUUGCUAAGCAAGUUGUUGAAAAGACUCACAGACUUGGCGACUGUGAUCUCCAAGUACAGUUUUCAGUUCCCCCUCCUCCACUGGCUCCUCGACCCACCUACACUGACAGAGUGCUGAUCACAGGUAUCAGAGAGUGCACAACAACAGACUGUUUGAUAAACUACCUGGAAGUCCGAGGGCAUUGUGACAUCACGGAUAACAAUGUCCUGUACGGCGACAAUCAAGGAAUGGCAGUUGUCAUAUUUGACGAAAUGCCAGACCUCUAACACCUUCAAGCAGAAUGUGAAAAACGACCUCUGGAAGGUUCUAACUUGACAGUCAGCAAGGUUCCGGUUAGUAAGACUAUCACUGUACGAGGACUGAACCCAAAGACCACUGAAAAUACGGUUUGUGACUACUUUGAAGGGAGACGUUCUGGUAAUGUGGAUGGUGUGGAGGUUGAGAAAGUCCAGAUAAAACAGAAUAAAGGUCACUGUCUCGUUUACUUCAAAGAUCAUACAGCUGUUGAACCAAUUGUUAGUGUGAGCAGACCUCACAAGCUUGAUGGCGCUGCACUGGAUGUUGCUGUUUACCAUGAAUGUCUUUUUGACGAAGAAGAAGACGACAGUGAGCCAAUCUUGUGUGAGAUCCCAACUCCAGUGGAAGUUAAAAACCUUAAUAACCACAAAUUGAAAUUUAUUAGAGAGGCUAAAACAUCAAAUGAACCUCUUCUCAAAGAUUUGGAGAGUCAUCAUUCCAGACUAAGCUGGUCAGAAUUAGAUGAUACAUCAGUUACUCUGACUUGUACUCUGACAAAGGAGAUGCCAGAUGCUUGUUCCUUGUCUAGCCGCUGGGCUAGUGAUGCAGAGAUUGUAUUGCACAAAUAUUUGAAUUUGCUGGAAGUUGAGGAAAUACAUGUUGUUCAAGACAUUUGGGAUGAAGUUGUGAAAGAACUGGAUG